GCCAUGAGCGAGACCGGCCCGGCGGAGCGAUGCGGGGCGCUCAUUACUUGGCUGCAGAUAUUCAAUGUUCCUUCUCCAUGUGCCACGGAGCAGGAUUUGGCCAGCGGGGUCACCAUUGGCCAGGUGCUGCACAAGAUAGAUCCCUCUUGGUUCAACGAAGCAUGGCUCCUGCGGAUUAAAGAUGACGCUGGUGACAACUGGAGGCUGAAGAUGAGCAACCUGAAGAAAGUUCUUCAGAGUGUAGUCGAAUACUCUCAGGAUGUCUUGGGCCACCAAGUCCCUGAGCAUCUAUUGCCUGAUGUGGCCCUGGUUGCAGAACUGUCCGACACAGCUGAGCUGGGCAAGCUACUACAGCUGGUGCUAGGUUGUGCCAUCAGCUGUGAGAGGAAGCAAGAUCAUAUCCAGCAAAUCAUGACCCUCGAGGAGUCUGUGCAGCAUGUUGUUAUGACGGCAAUACAGGAGCUGUUGACCAAAGAUGCAUCGGACACGCUAAACUCAGAGACGUAUGGGAACUUUGACAGCCAGUCCCGGAAAUAUUACUUCCUCAGCGAUGACCUCGAAGAGACGGACGACGUGCGCCAGCGCUGCCAUGAGCUAGAGCAGCAGAUCUCGCUCCUGGCGGAGGAGAAGAACACGCUGGUGCAGGAGAACAAAACCCUGCGGGAUCAGAAGAACUCCUUGGAGUCGGACACCGCCGGCAUUGCCGGCAAGAAGCUGCUUCUGCUCCAGACCCAGAUAGAGCAGCUGCAAGAGGAGAACUUCCGGCUGGAAAGCGGCAGAGAUGACUUCCGAGCCCGCUGCGAGGACCUGGAGAGGGAGGUGCAGGAGAUGCAGCACCGCAACGAGGAGCUGACGAGCCUGGCCGAGGAAGCGCAAGCGCUGAAAGAUGAGAUGGACGUGCUGCGCCACUCAUCAGACAGGGUGGGACGACUGGAGGCCAUGGUGGACUCCUAUAAGAAGAAGCUGGAAGACCUGGGGGACCUGCGACGGCAGGUCCGGCUGCUGGAGGAGCGGAACACCGUCUAUAUGCAGCGCACGUGUGAGCUGGAGGAGGAGUUGCGGCGCGCCAAUGCAGUGCGCACACAACUGGAGGCGCAUAAGAGGCAGGUGCAGGAGCUCCACAGCAAGCAUGCAGAGGAGGCCUUGAAAGCAGAGAAGUGGCAGUUUGAGUUCAAGAACCUCAAGGAAAAGUUUGAGGCCCUGGUGAAAGAGAAAGAGAGGCUGAUUGAAGAACGGGAUGCCCUCCGGGAGGCCACUGAAGAGCUGCGGUGUGCUCAGGUGCAGCAAAGGUUCCUGAACCAAGCUGAUACCAUGCUGGAAGAAAUUGCUUCUCCUGUGGACAACUUGGCUGCUGAGAUCAUGCCAGCAGAACUCAAGGAGACCAUUGUGAGGCUGCAGCACGAGAACAAGAUGCUCUGCGCCCAGGAGUCGUCGUACCGAACGCAGCAAGCGGAGCUGCAGGCCUUGCUGGAGGAAUCAAACCGGGCAAAGAACCAGCUGGAGGCCCAGCAAAGACUGAGUCAACAGCAGGUCUUGGAGCUCAAAGCACAAGUGGAAGAGCUGCAGAGGGCCCUUCAGGACCAAGGAAGCAAGGCAGAGGAUUCUUCUCUGCUGCAGAAGAAGCUGGAGGAGCAUCUGGAAAAAUUGCACGAAGCUCACGCAGAGCUGCAAAAGAAGAAGGAAUGUCUUGACGAACUGGAGCCCAAAGUGGACAGCACUACUGCUAGGAAGAUUGAUGAACUGCAGCAGUCUUUGAAGAAGAAGGACGAGGACAUGAGAGCCAUGGAGGAACACUACAAGCGCUAUAUGGACAAGGCCUGCACGGUGAUCAAGAAACUGGACCCCAUGCAGCAGCCUCACGUCGUCCCCCUGGAGAUCCAGGCUCUGAAAAACCAGCUGCAGGAAAAAGAGAAGAAGAUAAACCACUUGGAGACUGAUUUUGAGAAGACGAAAUCCCGACAGGAGCAAGAAGAGAAGCUCAUCAUUUCCGCCUGGUAUAACAUGGGCCUGGCACUGCACCAACGAGCCACAGAGGAGCGAUCCUCCACCUCUACAAAUGUCCAGUCCUUCUUGGCCCAGCAGAGAUUGGCUACCAACGCUCGCCGAAGCCACCUGAGCAGGGCUCAGCCCUUGCUGCUCCGAUACGCUGGCCCUGACAAGGCUUCUCAGUUGUCCUGA